CCUAAACCAACAAAACAAACAAACAAACAAAAAAAAGUUGCUGUUCGAUCGAUUCCCUCAAAUUCAUUCAUCGUCUGUUGGUUCCUCAAUCCUUCAUAAUCUCUCAUCAAUUCAGAUUGCGAAUUUUGUUUUCUUCUUUCUUGAGUCAUCAAUCUGUUGUAGAUGAUUUCGAGAGAUCACCAUCAUCAUCAGGAUACGUUUGGUACUAACAAAUCGUACCACAUGAAUACAUCCACCGUAUCGCCGCCGUCUUCGGCAUCGUCGCAAUCUGCUUGGCUGGAGGUUCGUUUGUUCUACGUCCGCAUCGCUCCCUGUGUUGUUGAGAACGUCCCUGACUUUCUUACCCUCCGUCAUCCUCGCCGUGAAACCGGCGCUUCCCUGGAGGUCAACGGCGUUCGAGUUCCUUCUUCCCAGACGGCGUCUCUUAAACUACGCCGUGAUAGAGUCGACCGGGAAACGUCGGAGGUGACUUACGUUAGCACUGAGACCGUUCGCGUUACGGGAUCCGUUGAUUUUGAGGUUUACCAUAACGACGAUAUGGUCUUGUGUGGGAACCUAGAUAGAAUCGAAGGUGCGUGGAACAACGGAACUGUGAGUGAUCCCAAGACUGGAUGGGGUAUGGAUUGUUACAUAGCUAUGGGCAACGGACAAGGCUCGGCUCCUUCUUCUUCUUCUGCUUUUUUCCAGCCAAAGCUUGGCGUUUCGUCUCCGUCCGUGGAGGUUUAUAUAGCUGGUUGUUGUGGCGGUGUUCCUGUUAUAUUGACCAAGACCAUUCAGGUGAGUCCCAGGAGGAAGGUCGCUAGGCACGUCACUCUCGACGCUAUCCCUGAGGAUGAGGAAGUUGGCAAAGAGCAAGACAUUGCUACCAUUGGUAAUGAUUUGACCCGGCAAAGCAAAGUGCAGAUCAUGGAAUCAGAAGUUGAUGAUUACGAUGAGUCUGAAAUGAAGAUGGCACAGAGAUACUACCCUGAGGGGAUGUACGUUGAUGAGGAUGGGCAACUCUCAUGGUUUAAUGCAGGUGUCAGAGUUGGAGUUGGGAUAGGCCUUGGGAUGUGCCUUGGUGUAGGCAUUGGAGUUGGAUUACUCAUGCGUUCGUAUCAAGCAACAACUAGUAACCUUCGUAGGAGGUUUCUCUGAUCAUCACCUACCAUCGACUAUACAAACCCACUUAGACAUGUGGAGAUCCUAAGGAUCAUGACAUAGUAGUGGGUUAUAAAAGAAAUGAGAUAGAAUUUUGGUAGAUAGAUGUAUAGAGCUUUUGGUUUUCACCGGUUUGUGUCCUUCUUUUGCGUAUAUAUAAUCGGCUCUGUUCAUAUACUAUAGUAGCACAAGAGAGAGUUCCCAUCUUGCCUUAGUCAUGUGUUUUUCUCUUUUUCUCAAGUCUGUGCUCUUGUGUGGAAAGAGAUGUUGUUGUUGUUGUCAAACUCUGAAGUUUGUCCUUCGGUUCCCGGUCCGGAAAUAAUGUGGCAUAAGGAGUGUGUACAUGUUUCACCUGUAUAACUUGGUUUGCGUUUUGUCGGUAAACGUAAACGACUUCGUAACUAAAUAUAUGUAUAGACGACGUCGUUUAUUUUUA